AUGGGACUGAUUGCAGCCGUUGCUUUAAUCGCCAUCAUCUUGGCCUCGAUGCUGUGCGUUCUCGUCCUCAGACAACUGACGAGAACGAAGAAAAGCCAGAGGAGCCCGGAGGCAGUGCUGAGCGUGGCAGAUGUGCCACCAGGAUAUGAGUACGAGGUGUUCUUAAAUUUCAGGGGACCGGACACACGUGACAACUUCACUGAUUGCCUUUAUUAUAGAUUGAGACUCGCUGGAGUCCAUGUCUUCCGAGACAACGAAGAACUCCGAGUCGGUGAAGAAAUCCGUGGAGAGCUUUUGAAAGCGCUCGAUAAGUCUCAAAUCUACAUUCCUAUCUUCUCUAAGGGUUACGCUACCAGUUUGUGGUGUCUCCGUGAGGUUGCGCACAUGGUAGAAAGCAUCUCAAAGUCAGAGGGAAAGAAAGAGAUACUCCCCAUCUUCUUUGACGUGGACCCUGACGACGUUAAGCUCAAAACCAAAUUGUACAAGAAGGCCAUAUCUAAGCACAAGAAGAAGUUCGGCUCUGAUGCAUUGAAGCGGUGGGAGGAUGCUCUUGUAAAGGUUGCACAUCUAAAGGGAUGGGAACUUAAAGGGAAAGGCCAUGGAGAAUUAAUUGAAUUGGUUGUCAGAGAGGUAUUGCGUAAGCUUAAUGCCGGAAACGUGGAUCUACCUGAAUAUUUGGUUGAAGAUCAUAGUCAGAUAAAAUACAUACUAGAAAAGUUGGAAGUUGACUCUGAUGAUGUACGUUACCUUGGAAUUCAUGGAAUAGGUGGCAUUGGUAAAACAGUACUUGCAAAGGUUGUGUUCAACAAAGUAUCUUCUCACUUUGACGGUGUUUGUUUCCUCAACAACAUUCGAGAAUCGUUGCAGCAUGGUCCUAAAUCAUUGCAGCAUGGUCUUAUAAAGUUGCAUAAAGAGUUAUUAGCAAGUUUAGGGGGUCUUGGGAUUGUUGAUCACAUCAAAGACAUUGGAGAUGGGAUGCAUAGGAUCAAGAGAGUAUGUCAAACUAAAAAAGUCCUCAUUGUUCUAGAUGAUCUAGACAAGCAAGAACAAUUAAAAAAGCUGGCUGGAAAAUCGGAUUGGUUUGGUUCUGGCAGUAGGAUCAUCUUCACUACUAGAAAUUUAGAGAUCUUGAAGACUCAAGUGGAAUCAUCCAAUGAAGAGGUCCUAAAUCAACCUAAAGGAAUUUUGGCUCAUGAAGUUCAUGCGAUGGAAUUUGGUCGAGCACUUGAGUUGUUUUGUAAGCAUGCAUUCAAAAGAGACUCUCCCCUAGAAGGAUAUGAUCAUCUUGCAAAGGAGAUUGUUUGUAAAGUGGGUAUGCUUCCUUUGGCUAUUGAGGUCAUAAGUUCACAUCUUUACUACCAAGGCUCUGCCCUAGAGCAACAUUGUGAUAAUCAAAAGCUAUGGGAAGAUACGUUGAAGCAAUUAGAUGAUGGUCCUUUUAAGGAUGUCCGAGACUCAUUAAUGAUAAGUUAUGAAGGACUGGAGAUUAAGCAAAAAGAAGUAUUUCUGGAUAUUGCUUGCUUUUUCACCUAUGAGAACCAAACAUAUCCAAUUAUCAUGUGGAAUGAUUGCAAUUACCAUCCCCACAGUGCAAUUAACGCCCUCCACCUACGGUCCUUGAUAAAAAUUGUUGAUAAUGGGUUUUUGAUGCAUGACCAAGUUCGAGAUCUGGGAAGGCAAAUCAUCCUUGAAGAAUAUCCUCGCAAAUAUCAUAGGGUGUGGAUUCAUGAGGAUGCUGUAAAUCUACUGAAGAAAAAAGAGAGAAAUGAAGAUGUAAAAGCACUAAGCCUGACCUCCGAUGGCUGCCGAUUCAACCUUGUACCUGAAAAAUCAGCUUUCGAUGGCUGCAACCACAACAUUGUACCCAAAGAAUUAGCUGCUCUGCCAAAUUUAAGGUUCCUUCAAGCUAGAGGCAUUGAUUUUUUGGGCAACUUCAAGAAUAUUGUUUCAAAGUUAUAUUGGCUUUCCUGGGAGGUGACGCAUAAUAAAUUUUAUGCGGAAAAUCUUUAUUUUGCUAGUUUGGUCGUGCUUGACCUUUCAUAUAGCAAUAUCAAAGAUGACUGGGGUGGAUGGAGUCAAUUCCAGCAGAUGUCAAAGAAACUAAAAGUUUUGGAUUUAACGGGUUGCGUAUUUUUGACGAGGACGCCUGACUUCUCCAACUUCUUGUCUUUGGAGAUCUUAAGACUUGAUUGGUGUAUCAGGUUGAUCACAAUUGACUGCUCCAUCGAUUGUCGGAUACGCUACCAGUUUCGAAUGGCAGCGUUCAUGUUUGAAAAAGAUGAAGGUAAUGCUGUGGCGACGUCCUAUGAAGACGCGGCUGGAACGUCAGACGACGAAAGGGAGAGACGUGCUCUAUGA